GAACUUAUUGCCAUUCAACCAUAUUGAGCAGGCUAAUGCACUGUUUGGACAUUCGGUGACAAGAACUCGAUAAAUUUUAGAACGAAAUAUAUCGGUCUAUCCUGUUGAUCGUACAAUUGAGCAAUAAAAAGGUUUAUGUUACAACAAUUAAAUUAAUUGCGUUCGAAGAUUGUUGUGAUCAUGCGCUGGCAUAGGAAAAUGGAGAUUUAAUGUUGAACAAAGGUACGAGAAUAAAUUGGAAAAAGUUGAAAGAAUGCUGAGUUGCGGCAGCCUGUUCAGAAUCAUUAGACGGCGCCUUGUACUUGGCCUCAUCUUCGCUUUGUCACUUACCUACUGCGCCUUUUCACUCUUCCGCAACGAGCGAAAGACGUUAGCUUUGGAUAAUGAUCUCGAUGACAUGGAUCCUAUGAUAAUUAAUGACAAUAACGAUGACUUGAUCUCCGAUGAUGAUGCAUUGUCAGAACAAUUGAGAGCAUCCGGUAAACCACCACUGUGGCAGAUGGCAAUUGUUGAUCAAGGAGCAAACGAGAAUGCAUUGAACGUGGAGGUGAUGCCGAAUUUGAAUGACACUGAUGAUGUGGUUCAUUCUUGUCGUAAUUCCAUCCAGGGCAAAGUUCUAAUAGUAGAUGAGCGUGGUAUUGUAUGCUCUAGACAAGAAAUUUUGUCAAAUGGCUGCUGCAGCAUGGAAGAACACAAAGAUUCUAAUAAAAAUGAAGAUACACCAACUAUAACCAAAAGAGAGAGGUAUAGUUGUAAAACGUGUAACGCUCAAGGAUGCUGCGCUAUCUAUGAAUAUUGUGUUUCUUGCUGCCUGCAUCCUGGCAAGCAAAUAAAAGGAAGAAAGGAUGUGCUAUUAGGUCUGCUUAGAGAUAAUCACAAAGCACACAGGGACCAAGAUGCAGUAAAGAAACGCCUGCGCAAUUUAGAUCGCUUUCAAGUUUGUCUGGCUGCGUGUCGUACUUCUAGUGCAAGCGUCCGCCAUGAGAAUACCUAUAAAGAUCCACAUUCGAAACAUUGUUAUACACUUCAACCACCAUCACAUCAAAGACACCGUCGUGAUAUUGAUUCAUACAAUAAUAAUGGCGACAACUCUGUUGUCGUUGCAUCUUUUUCUGUUAUGCCGUUACUUACCCUCUUCUUUCCUUUCUGCCUACUUGUACAUGCAAACAACAAUUCGCUCUUACUAUCGUGUAAUUAUCACUCGCCGAUAUUAUUCGACUAUUACUCUCACGUACGACCACCUUGAAAUACAACCUAAAUUUACCCUACAAUGUCUUUCAUAAAAAUGAUUGGAAUCCGCGUAUGGGGUUGGAUUUCUAAUGAAAUACAUUUCGGUA